CUCCCACUUUGUAGAUAAAGCAAAUCUGAGAAAUAAAAAGAAAAAAAUAUUAGAUAAACUCGAACAGAGAAAAGAAAGAAUAGGAGUAGCUAAAAGAUAGAGUUGUUGAGAAAAAAUGACGAUGGCACCAGCUGCAAUGAAACAAACGAACAAUGAUAAUAUGAAGAAGAACAGGAUUCAGGUGUCUAACACAAAGAAACCACUCUUCUUCUAUGUCAAUCUUGCCAAGAGGUACUUACAACAACACAAUGAGAUUGAGCUUUCUGCUUUGGGCAUGGCAAUAACAACGGUAGUAACAAUAGCUGAGAUCUUGAAGAACAAUGGAUUCGCCAAAGAAAAAGGUAUUUUAACAUCCACAGUCGGCAUGAAAGAUCAAGACAAGGGUCGUGUAGUUCACAAAGCAAGGAUUGAAAUAAUUCUGGAGAAAUCGGAAAAAUUCGACUCCCUAAUGAGUUCAAGCCAAGCAGCUGCCACCAACGGGAAAGUUGCAACCGACGAAAAAGCAGUUGCGAAUGGGAAAGUUGAGAUCAAGCAGUAAUAAUGUUGAAUGCCAUUCUUAAUUUCUUAUACUGUAUCUUAGUAUAGAUAUAUAUGAGAAAUUGCUAAUUAAUACUCCUAAGUUUCCAUCCAUAUAUACCUGCUUAAUUUUUCAUUUAAUUUACUAGGAAAGCAUGCAACAACUCAUAUUAUAUUUAUGCCUUUGUGCCCUCAUGUGCUUGUAAUAAACUCCUCAUAUGUUGCUUUCGUAGAUGCAAUUUCUUGCAGUUUCUUUGUAAACUUGUAUCUUCUUAAUUAAGAUACAUGUGUUAUUUUAUAUUAUAAGAGUGGAAAGAAGGUUUACAAUU